ACGUCACUUGUCCUCCUGGCAACUACAUUAAUCUACAUAACAACAUCCAUCUAUCAAUCUAUCACAUGGUCACCAACACAUGAUAAUAUCUUGAUAAUAGCCGUGCAUCUGUCUUUACUACUGUAGCAAUAAAAUUCACCAUGCAGCGACGAUCUUCAUCCUAUAUGGAUGACCUUCUACGUCAACAGCUGAUUCUAGAUUCCCCAACAUCAGAAUUGUCUAUUCACAGUGAAGACAUGGUACUACCAUUAGACGAUGAUAAUUCCUUACAAACCGACACCAUGACCCGGGUGAUUUCGUUAGGGAGGGCCCAGACCAUAUACACCAAUGAUCGAUAUUUACAACAACGACGAAGAAUCUUGAGUUGGCCCCAAAAGAUCUUCCGAUGGCUUUACUCUUUCUCGUUGGUUAUCUUUAUUGUGUUGCUACUUGCAUUUAUCAGUGUUACCCCGUUGGAUGUUAUUGCUCAGACUUUUGACACUAACAAUUCCAUUGCGGUGAAAACUUUUAUUGUCAUUGUGGUGUGUGUGGUGUUUAUUGUUUUAUCUUUGGUUUUCUACUUCUCAAGAG